CUGCUGCUGCCCUCCGUCCCAGCUGGCAGCGACAGGCCGCCUUUUUGUUUGUCACUGCAGAGAAAAGCCCGAAGAAGAAUAAGCAGCACAAGCAGAGCACUGGAGAAAGCGCUUCCGUAAAGCAGAGACAAAGAUGGCGGUUGCCGCCGGAUCAGGUGUUGUAGUUCCUCGCAGCUUCCGGCUGCUGGAGGAACUCGAGGAGGGUCAGAAGGGAGGUGGUGAUGGUACAGUAAGCUGGGGCCUUGCAGAAGACAAUGACAUGACGCUAACCCACUGGACAGCAAUGAUUAUUGGCCCUGCCAAGACAGUCUACGAAGGCAGGAUAUACAGUCUGAAAAUAGAAUGUGGACCCAGGUAUCCAGAUUACCCCCCUUAUGUCCGCUUUGUGAACAAGAUCAACCUGAACGGUGUACACAGUUCAAAUGGUGUGGUGGACCUAAAGGUUGUGACGUCGCUGUCUCGAUGGAAAAACUCCUACACUAUUCGAACAGUGCUGCAGGAGCUUAGGCAGCACAUGAUGAUGAAAGAGAACAACCGGCUCUCCCAGCCGCCUGAAGGCCAGGUCUAUGGCAACUGAGCCCCCCCCACACACACACACACACAUUCAUAAAUACCUUCCUAAACACUUCACACUGACAUUCAAACUAUACAAACACCCUGUUAUAAAAGACUUUAAACUCCCACUUCCCAUCAGACAGAGAGAUUGAUGCACAGGGGAACUCUCCCAACACAGCACCCCUUUACACAGUAAAGUUCUCGCGUGGACCAGACAUUCUAAAAAACAUAAUUCACAUGUAAUGUUAUUUUUCUAUUAUCUUGUGUUCUACAUGCAGAUUGUAAAAUGACAAGCAUCCUGUACCAAUAAGUGUAUGUAAGUGUGCACGCUUAUGUCAUGAUGACGUUGUGUCCCUGAUGUGGAUAUAUUCAUUUAACAAAUACACUAAAACCACAGUGAAUUAUCCCAAACACAUGUUUAUUGUUUACAUGUAACAUAUUUUGCAUUGGGAGCAAUUGACAGAUUUCCCCUAAAAAGAAAAUAAUGACUCCCAGCAGCUGCCUCUCCCAGUAGGUACUGUACUUAGGUCCCUCAGCUUGUGCAGUUCCCAAGGGUCUGAAUUUAAAGAAGCUUCCCUUAAAUAGCACGUUAGGUACGAGGGAAUAACCAUAGAGAUGGAUGUAUCAAUGUAUGCCUCAUCACAUAUGUUCUCAGAUCUGUCCUCUGUGCCAUAUGGUUCUUAGCGCUUUGAUUAUUAGCACCUAGUGGGAGAGGGUGCAGGGGGCCACUGGUCUGUCACUCGUUAGAGAACAUAGUUUUCAGGAUCACCACUGUACUGUAACCUGUGUGGAGCAGGACAAGCUGUGAUUUUUUUUUUCUUGGGUUCUUUCUUUAGUCUCUGGGCUGACCUGUGUAUACUCCAUGGAAAUGUCUCCCUUAUACAGCGAAUGCCCAGCGGACGCAGUGUACGCCUUUGGAUGUUUAUUUUAUAAUGGGUUGAAUCUAAUCAAGGUGAUGGUGACCUGUUGCAUGGUUUUAUUUGAAUUAAACAUUAUUACUUUUGCAA